AUGACCUCCCCCAGCAACAGCAAUCGCUACGCCCCACCCCAAAACAAUUACUACAGCCAGCAACCCAGCAACUACGACCCGCCAAACCAGGCGGGAUAUCCUUCCCCGGGACAGAGUCAGCCAGACCAGCAGCCUCAGCCAGGAUACCAGCAGCAGCAGCCGGUUUAUAACUACGCCCCACAGUUCAACCCCUCGUACCCCACCAACUCUCCAUACAUCCAUCGAGCAAAUAUCCCUCUCACCAUGACCGGAGGCCAAGUCACUGCAUACUCCGAGCCCGCUACACCGUACAUAGAGUAUCGAGACAGCAGCAGCACCACCAACAACGCACCGUAUACGUAUACCUACGGCUCGCAGCCCCAGAUGAUCCAAGGCGAGAGCGCGUCGUAUUACGCUCCGCAGGGGGGUCUACCGCGUCCUCCACUGCCGCCAGCACCACCGCUGCCGCCGCCAGCCCCUUCACACCCGUCAACUGCAGGCCCAGGUCCAGACCUAACAACCGAGAAAGGACUCGCAAGUACCGUGACAGGCGCAGCAGCCGGUGGGAUCUUGGGCCGCAAGUUGGGGGGCGGGUUUCUCGGCACGGCGGGCGGGGCAUUGGCCGGGGCGGCGGGGAUGAAGUUCGCGAAGGAUGAAGGCGAAGAAGCACCGUCGCAGUGGGCGGCACAGAAGCUGCUCCGAGUCGAGUGA